AUGAAGAGAGAAACUGAUCGUGACGCACGUUCAUCAAUCUGCCAUUGGUUGACAUUCAUCAGCUUUGGGAUUUUGUUUACCUCGGUUGCUUUUCUCUCAUUGAAUGUCUACAAUCUACGCAGGGAAAUCGACAAAGUGAAGUCAGAGAUUCGUCCCUCAGUGUUGAGGAAUGAUAAAGGAGCAUCACGGUUGUACGAUGAUUACAUCGUCAGAUCUCGAUUUGUUCGUCAGAUUGAACCAGGUCCAGACGAAAUUGAACCGGGACCAGGUGAAGGAAAUCCAUCCCAAGAUGCUGGUCCGGAGCUGCAUCAAAACAGUUUCGCCAAACUGAACUGCACUCGGGUAAGCAUAACGAAAAAAGGCCUUUAUUCUCUCGUCAGUUUGAUAAUUGAACGGGAAUCUGAUAUUUGCGUCUAUCUUAGGAGGCUAAACUGUCAAAAUCUUUAAGUUGACUAUGUCUUUACCUCAGUUAAAUCAGCCGUUUCAUUUUGUUGCAAAUGUGGUUGUGUGUAUGUUUUACCUUCGUCUGCUAGACAUUCUGCCCAAGUUUGCUGCUUCUUUGCUCUUGUGCGUGAGCUCCAGACUCUUGGAGCUGUCACAGUCAGGUCAGUACCCUCUAUUCCUUACAGGACUUCCCGUCAGGAGAAGAGAAUAAAUAAAAUUUCUAUAUUUUUCAGGAUGCGGAAGGAUAUAGCAUUUGCACCCUCGGUGAGGCACUUAUUUUUAUUUAAUUUUUACAUGAAUAGGUAGGGGAGGGGGGGGGGGGGGGGACUAAAAGUUGAGUUUUUUGUUGGAGAUGGGUUCGGCGAGGUUUUUGUCUCUUUUUCCAUUUUGUAGUUCUCCUUUUCAAGAAAGUUUGCUGCUCAUAUCAGCAAGAAGGUUUCUUAAAGACCAUGAACAUAAUUCGCCAUUAAUUCGAUUUUGGUAAAAGUAGGCAGGGACUGGAGGUAGGAUAUUCUUCCCUCGUAUGACAAUGAAGGAUUCAAAGGGGAGGGGGGGGUCCUCCAGACCUGUGAGCUGUGAGUUUUUUUACUGCCUGUGUAACAUAUACAUUUACGGGGAGGAGAAAUUCACGGCAUUCGUUGUUACUUAUGGGAGCAAAAGGGUUAAAAAUGUAGGUCGCAGAAAUAACAGACUUCGAGUAACAUUGGUUACCAUUUCUCUUACUGAACCUCCUUACUGAUUUUGCUACAGUGGCACUAUUGGCACUAAGCUGGUGAUAAGAUAUAAGUGUGAACUCCGGUUGUUGCUGUUUAUUAUUUACAGUCAACGGUAGUCUCCUUGGAACUCCUGGCGCCCGUCACGAGGUACAAAGACACGUGGAGUCUUACCUCAAUCAAUCUGGCGCGAAUUUUCUCGGAACUUCAGCCGCUCAGCAAGUGGUACAGGACUAUUUUGUGUCUUACUUCAACACCUCCGGCGGAAGUUUGUUGAGAAAUACUGGCGCUCAGAAUGUGGUCCAGGAAUAUGUUGAAUCCUAUUUCAACAUUUCAGGCGGAAAUCUUCUUAGAACUUCUGGACAUCAGCAAGUGGUGGAGGAGUAUGUGGAGACUUAUUUCAACGUAUCUGGUGUAAAUCUCCUUAGAACAUCUGCCGCUCAGCAGGAGAUACAGGGAUAUGUUGAAUCUCGCGUGAACCAAACAUAUGGUAAAAGAACUAAUGGAAAAUCCCAUCUCCUAUUAUAUUAGAUGAUAAGUGCACUUACUUCCGUGUUAUGAUAGUCCUACUGUGUCACGCAAUAGUUCACAAAUACGGAGUGUUGAGCGGUAGGGUGUGAGGUCGUAAAGGUAUGAAUCAAGCUUACUGAAGGCUGUUAUUGGGAAUUCAUAACAAACAGCGACGUUGAGAAGGACCUAAUUCUCAGCUUACCUAUCACUCCUGUAUGGUUGAUUUUAAACGAAGAUUUCAAAGACUGAUAAGGAAACUUGCAAAACCUUGCUGCCACUCUAAGAUCACCUCUCACAGCGACCCUUCUCCGAGAAAAAGGAAAAUAAAAGAAAAAAUAAAAGAGGUGAAGAAUGAGAGGAUUUUAGGAACGCAAUUAAUUGGCAGAAUAACUCUCCAGUAAGGCUGUGAUUUGUACUUCACCCAGUUUGUCUCUGUGAGAUUCUUAUACCAAACGUUUGAAGCUUUGAAAGACUCGUUUUUUUCCGUUUGUGUAUGUUGGUUUAACUGUGUUAUCGUUGCUGUUUUGUAUUCGUUUCCAGGACCUACUAUUUCUCAGUGGACCGGUGAUGAGCUGGACAGCAGAUUUCGGAGACUCAUCAAUAUCCAUUUCAGCAAUACCUCUUUCGGUGAGUUAUAGACGAAGUACUAAAUAUAGAUUUUCUAACUUGCUACUCAAAAUACCCUCAAAAUGGCGACGAAUUUGAAUUUUUCAAAAUGAAAUCUUUUUACUCGGCGGAAACAUUUUGAACACAAAUUAGGUAAAUAAGAUUAUCUUUUUCAUCAGAUUUUCCAUAAUCAUAAAGAAAAAAUUUAGUACCAUUUUCCAACGUUAUUUCCAGAAAAAAAAUCGCACAGUUAUUUGGAAACCGUUGUCUUUUUCAUGAUUUGCAAUUCCUUUGUCUUUGUUGCAGGACUCGGUAGUUUUGCAGGAAAUUACACUGGAUUAACUGGUUUUAAUAUUACUGGCAGUGGAUUCGGUGGUAAUUUUACAGGAAUAGGAUCUGGCGGAACCGGGAGUGGAUUGGGCGGGAGUUUCUCAGGCGUGGAAGGAAGCCUUCGUCUUAUUGAGCAGUUUGUUGGUUCCUAUGCGUUGAAAACGUUUGGUGAGUGAACAAUCUCUCAGUCAGAAAUACUUAACAGGGGGUAACAACUAAAGGAAAACUCGGUUUUACAUGUAAAUUAUUUCUUUGAGGUCCAAAAAAAUUAUUCAGGUGAAAGUGACGUAUAAGGUAUGAUGCCAAAUUUGACGCUUCUCUUUGAAUUCAUGCAGAUGCAUCAUCGUCAAAAUUAUUUUUAGUCAAUAUUUAGCUGUGAGGUCUAAUCGCUCACCUACAACUUAGCAGCUUCCGGAAAAAGAGGAGUCUAUUAAUUAAGAUAAAUUGAGAGGAUUGAAAUGGUUACGAUGCUCUUCUGGUAAAACGUGAUAUUAUUCGCUUUGUUAUCCUCUAUAGAAUCUUAAAUAAUCAUUUCUGAUGGUAACUGAUUGGAGCUUUUGCCACCUUACUAGAUUCAAUUUAAAAUAAUGCAAUCGGUUAAUAGCCAAAAUAGGUUUCUAAGUACUACAUGCAAUUAAAAUCGUCCUUAAAAUACCUAUUUUUGUGUUUAUUUGAUUGGUUACUGAAAAUAAGCUUCUAAAAUUGAUUUCUUGUCCUUGUUUUGAUCAUCAUAGGUCCGUCGUUUCUUCCUGGCGCAGAAAUUGAAUUAGAGCCGGGCCAGACAGUGCUGGAUGCUUACUUGGACCAAGCUGUUGGAGAGGCAGUCCAGUCACAGUUAGGGGGUGGGGGUGGAACAGGAAGUAGUAAUGGUGGUGGUGCAGUUGGAGGAGAAACUGGGGGCGGUGGUAGCGUUGGGGGUGGUGGUGGGAGCGAGGUAGGCCCUGAUGAGGGAGGUGUAGGUAAGUAAGAUGAAUUUUUUUUUGGUUACUUUAUGCAAUUUAGGUGAUUUUCGGUACCUACGAUUUUCCUAAAGGUCUAGCCUGCUCUAGUAAAAAAUUACCCGUCUAUCUUUGCAGGCCCUGUGGAUGGAGGAGUGACGAGCGGAGAAAUGAAUCAAACAAUCCAGCGGUAUAUCGGAUCAUUUGCGCAGGCGUCUUUUGGUAAGAUUUUCUGUUAGCUCGAUAUAUCUCCGCUCUUCAAGGAUCUUUAGUCACAGUCAUCAUACAUGAUUAUGUAAACUGAUAAACGCAAGAGAUUAUAUUCUCUUGGUAAACGUUGACGAGUACAACGUCACGCUGGUACAUUCGGAUCCGUUCCACCCUUUAACUCCCAAGAUUUGAUUGGUAAUUCUCCCCUCUGGCUGCAACACGUAUCCUUGUAAAUUAGUUAUGAGAAUUUGGUGUUAGAUCAAGAAAACAACUUCGACCUGAUAAAUUUGAAUAUUCUCACUAGCUGUUUGCUGGAUAAUGUAAGGAUAUUAUAGGGAGAAGUUUCGUGUUGAUCACUUAUGGGAAUUAAAGGGUUAAGUGUACAAGAACGCACUGGCUCCUCUGUAACUCCCUGAAGUUCGAUUUACUCGCGCCACUGAAAGGUCCUCUGGAGUAACAAAACAUUAAAUAAACGAACAUCUAUCUUUUCAUCACUGAACUAAAACAUAUUGAUGCAGAGCAUGAGUAUCAGUCGAGAAUUGAAUUCUAUGUUGGUGUAGUGUCGAAGCUCUCGUUUCCUUCAAUAUGGUAUUUUUAUGAGUUCCUUUGCCAAAUUAACUUUCAGAAGGUUUAUAAGAUAAGAACCCUUCAUCACUGAUUGCAGGUCCCUCGUUUGUACCUGGCGCUUCAGGACCUGGCGAUAAGACUCCAUUGGAGAUGUUUGUAGACGAUUCUGUUUCGCGGUCUUUGAUGAAGUUUUUUGAAGACAAAGGGGACUCUGGUAAGCCUUAAACUACCCUCAACGGAAGAAGGUCUAUCUGACAUAUCUUCUCCCUUAGGAAGAAGAGUCAAAACACCAUGCAUUCACCUCUACGUAUGCUGUCAUUCCAUUACUUUGUCACUACUUCGUUUUCACAACCAUCCAUUUUUUGCCUGUUCUGAAAACGCCUCACUCAAAUGUCGUGAUUCCGAACGCUCUAAAAUUACAUGGUUAACAACUGCGUGGAGAAUUUGAUUACAAAACUCACCCCUCGGUUUGAAACGGACGACAUAAUUGCGCAAUAAAAGCGGUGCGAUUGACUUCGAUUGCGCUAUGCAAGAUUUCCUUGGACGGCAAAAGCUACGUCGCUAGCAUGAUGCAAGAUUUGAAUGGACAGAAUAUAUUUUUUUAGGGGCACGAUGCAUUCUUUCCUCAGAUGGCAUGAAUUUCCGUAAUUGCAUGGUGCAUGACCUAAAUUGCAUGACAGACAGCAUGAGUUGCUUAACUUGCAUAAUGCACAUUGUGCAUUGAAAAGCAUGAUAGUCUUAAAUAUACGGCGUGUAUUGGUUUCAUUGCAUACCGCAUAGUUUUGCAUCGAUGGCAUGAAUUACUUCUAUUACAUGAUGCAUGAAAGGACAUGAAUUGAUCUUAAUCCUUGUUUAUUUUGCUUCCAUUGAUGGUGUACAUUUUUUUAAUUGCUUAAUGCAUGACUUGAGGCAACUCAAGUUGCACGAUAGUUAAUUUGCACUGUGCGAGGCAUGAAUUGCACGAAUGACAUCCAGAGCAUAAAUAUUUUUUUAAACCAUUGCACCAACUAUAUGAGUAUAGAAAUUGAUUGCAGGAUUUUCAUGGGUUACAUUUAUGGAUAGAAUAAAAUUGUACGACUUCUGGUAGUUUAUGAUAAGUGCAUAAUGUAGACAUCCCGCUACAACGGACAGCCACUUCUAAACCUGGCAACCUACAGAGCUCAGUUCCAGUAAGUAAAUUGCAAGUCGCAGUUUCCUCUCUUUUUUUUCGCAGUUUGAUUCAGAAGAUUUUAUAUUGAUCAUAUUUUACCAUUAAGGGUGUGAGAACGUUUUUCCUCUUCAGCACCGCAGCCAAAACUCCCAGAUAACUUCACUAUCCAGACUUUUGUCAGAGCUUAUGUAGACGAGUAUUUGGGUAAAUACGCCAUGUCUUUGUUUGUUUGUUUGCUUUUUUUCUGUGAUUUUGUUUUAUUUGUUCGUCCCUUUCAGAAUUUCUUUGUGUGAGAGUUUUGAAAUGUCCUUUCAGUACAUGUUUUGUUGCCUUUUUUACGUCUUUAGGUGAACUAAAUAUUUCUUCAUCCCAAGAGCUCCAACAGUCACAACCUCAGCUGCUUAAUAAUCGCACUAUAAAGAGCUUCGUGAAGGCUUAUGUUGAUGAUCAUAUCAGUAAGUACUUGAUAUAGUGCCAUCAUAACUCUCUUUCUGUUUCUUUUCAUCAGUUAUAACAGGAUUAGCUCUAACGAAGGGCUAACGCACGAAACGUCAACUUUAGAAACUCUUUACGGCGACCAAUUUACGUUAUCGACCCAGCUGAUAAAAUGAAAUCCUCUUGUAAUACCCCAUCAACGCAGCACCACAUUUUGUUUAGAAAACUACCUCCCUUAUAAAUUAUAACAGCCCAUUAUUUCUAACGUCAUAUGAUAGCUGAUUUCAUCUCUCUAUUGGAGAUCAUCAAUCGCAAACUUGUACGCCAGACAACCAAUUGGCUUGAAUAUACAGAUACGUUGGGCGUUAUACUCUUGUAUUUGUAUAUUUAUGACGGUGUCUCGUUUGUUUCUUUGAAGACCGCUCUGUAUUUUACUAUUUUUAUAUUUAUCGCUUCCAAGGUGCACUCAAUUUAUCCUCCUCUUCACAAGCAGCGUCAGUAAUGGCAGAUAACCGAACGAUGCAGAAAUUUAUCCAGAAUUAUGUGGAUGAAUAUCUGGGUCAGUGUACUGCGUAGUCACAAAUGGAAUUAUGUUUGUAGAUAUAUGAAAAUCGUAUAUGUGCAGUGCUGUGAAGAGACGAAUAUAAGAGAUCCUCGCAGCUAUAAACACUACUGAACUAGUAGUUGAAAUAAGACCUGAAAAAAAUUCAGGCCCGUACGGGAUUUGAACCCAUGACCUAUGCGAUACCAGUGUAGCGCUCAACCAACCGUGACCCAACUUAAUUACUAGCUCCCAGUUGGCUUGUUAGCUCAGUUGGCUGCACUGGUAUCGCAGAGGUCAUGGGUUCAAAUCCCGUACGGGCCGGAAUUUUUUUCAGGUAUUAUAUCAACUACUAGUUCAGUAGUGUUCAUAGUUGCGAGGAUCUCUUAUAUUCGUCACGAAUGGAAUUUUUGUAACCGUCAGUUCUAGGGUGAUAUUUGAUGUUGUUCGUAUUUUUAUAGUAUUGAGUUUCUCGUUUUGAUGAAACUUUUUAUCUGAGGGGGUCUGGAUUUGUGACUAUUGCUAUUUUAACGUUCAGACUUUCAAGACGCCUACACGAUGAGCUUAUUCAGUGCUUUUGAAUUACUUUGAUAUUGCUUAAACUCGUUCAAUUUCGUGCUGUUUAUUCAGUCAUAACAGAGGAAAGGAAUUUUUUGUCGUUGUAACAGCUCCCACAACUUCCUGAUAAAAGAACCAUCCUAUACUUUUUGAGGCCUUUGUUAAUGAAUAUGUUAGUUAGUAUACUGUGACAUAGUAAUCUGUCGCAUUUCUAAUGUCUCUGUUAUUGUUUCUUCAGCUGAAUUCAAUUUUUCCUCGUCACAGCCGCCCCAAUCUGGUAAUAAAACAAUCGAAAGCUUCGUGCAAGCUUAUGCAGAGAAGUAUUUGGGUAGGUACCCUGUGGCAUGGUGUAUGACCAUAGAUCUACUUUCAACCUACUUUUAAAUACGAUGGUUGGAUUGUCUCACGAGGAUAUUAAAUCUGUUUUUUUGUUAUAUUGUUCUAGUUAGUUUGUUUGUAAGUUUAUUGAUCACUGUUUAAUUUGUUUCUGUCAGGAGUAAAAGCUAAUGAUAACCGAACUAUUCAGGGCUUUGUCAAAGAUUAUGUUGAUGAAUAUGUUGGUGAGUAUUCUCUAGAUGCCUUUAUACGUGUGACUGUUUUACACGCAUCUGUAUAUAAAAAAAAAGUCAUUUACAAAUCACUUUAAGGCCUGGUUUUUACUGACAACGCAUGCACACUCCCCGAAAACAUAAAGGGAAGCACACACGCAAGCAUAACAGCUCUUGUUUCACUAUAAAAAUGGUCACGACUCAAGGUCAAGAAAAAGGAAAAAUUAUGAUCCUUCUACUUGAGCUUGAGCUUGUGAUUUCUGCCUCCGUCGAGGCCGUUUUAACGGUCAAUUAGAGCUGUUACGCUUGCGUUUGUGCUUGCGGAAGCCAACAACGAUACAUCACGUGCAACACCAUAUUUACUGUGCACCCAAUUACCAAACACUUCAUAGCCCCAGGGUGACGUUCUCGAUCAAUGUCAGUAUCUGAGCAACUGCAUGCUUACCUACCCCUCCCCUAACCCAACAACAGUCAACUGAUAACAACCUAGUAUUGGGGGAGGCGUAAGUGAGCAGUUGUUUGGUUGUAUCACUAUUUUCCCUUUCAAGGUGGACUUAAUCUUACGGCAUCGACGAGGCAACAGCAGCUUUCUGAUAAUAGCAGUGUGCAGGACAUCGUGAAAGAUUAUGUGCGUUCGUUUACAGGUUUGUAUAAUGUCUCAUGCAAUGUAUUCAUGAUUUUACAUAGAACAGUUACACAUGUUUCCUUAAAAGAGUGAUUUCUUUCCUUUUCAACAGGUAUUUUCUUUAUUACGAUUUUAAUUUUAUUCCUCUUUAUCAACUCAAGGUGGUUUCAAUUUUUCAUCGCUACAAUCUCAAACACGGACUCCCAAUAACCGCACUAUACGGAGCCUUGUCAAAGCAUACGUAGACGAGUUUGUUGGUGGGUACACUGUAAAAUGUUGAGUGUCUAUGAUUUCACCCUAUUGUUAUUCUUUUUGGUCCCUCUCUAGAAAAAACCUGUUGUACUUUGAAAGUGAUGACGCAUUUUCAUUUUCUCGUUUCCUUUUUUCAAGUGGCGCUAAACUUUUCCUCACCACAACAGCAAGUAGAGUUGCCAGACAAUAGCACGAUACAGAGCUUUGUAAAGGAUUAUGUCGACAGAUUUGUGGGUGGGUACAAUUUCAUUUGUUUGUAUUGUUUUGAGUUUUAAGAAAUUUCACCAAUCGUGGUGUUCAUUUUUCAACACAUUUGCCAUUUCAAUGAUAAUGUUGUUGAUUUAACUAUUCUCUUUUCCAAGGUGAACUCAAUCUCUCUUCAUCUCAAGCACAAACCCAGCCCCAGCUGAAGCUGCUUAACAGUAGCAUUCAGAACUUUGCGAGGAUUCACGUCGACAAUUAUUUGGGUGGGUAUAGUUUUGUCUUUCACACGGCCGCAUGAAUCUUACAAUCUAUACCUUUAAGUAUUUAUCUCUAAUAUUCAAGUUUAUAGGAGCUGUGAUAGGAUAAUGUUUAUCGUCUUAUUUGCGCUUUGCAGAAAAGUAUCUUUAAGUAAAGGAGAACUGUUAUAUGUUUUAGAUAAUUAUGGUUUUAUCAACUGAGGUGAUGUUGUAAAUUUACCACCGUACAGAGUUUCUAAGCUGACGUUUCGAGCGUUAGCCCUUCGUCUUUCGCUCUGACAAAAGGCUAACGCUCGAAACGUUAGGUCAGAAACUCUUUACGGUGGCCAAUUUACUUUAUCAACUUUGUUGAUAAAACCAAAUUAUCUUGUUUUACUCCUCCACUGACGCAGCACCACAGUUUCUAUGGAAACUCGCCCCCUUAAUUUAUUUCUUUCAUUUUUAUAUACCAACCGUGGUUACCCUGGUCGAUUAACACUCCCCAGUUUAGGAUGAGAUGAUAGGAUUUGUUCCAAAUUCAUUGCUCAAGAACUUAUCUUUGUUCGUCAUUUCAGCGGGUAAACUCAGUCUACCAGCCGACAAUCGGACCCUCCAAAAUAUUGUGGAAGAUUAUGUGAAUGUAUAUAUAGGUAAGCAUGCUUAGCUUGCCAGGUCAAAGUGUUUUAUUUAAAUGUUAAUGAUACCUUCGCCUUCUUAAUGUGGAUGUCUAUUUUCUUUCCCAAUAUGAAAAAAAAGGUGGACUUAAUUUGACCGCGUCACCACCGCAAACGCAGUUUCUCACCAACCGAACCAUCCAGAGCUUUGUAAAAGUUUAUGUAGACGAUUACGUUGGUGAGUAUAAGGCAUAGUUAACCCUCUCCUUCCUAGUAGUGCGGACCAAAAAUGAAUUUCUCUAUACACUAUCAAUGCAUUUUCAAGGAGAGAGGUGAUAAGAAGAAAGGUUUCAUUUGGACAUCAUUUUUUGCGCUACGACUUAGUCUUUGCAUUUGCCGAUUUUUUAUAGAAAAUGACUAUUUUCGUUUACGGAAAACAAGUAAAGUGCACGAUUGCAUUUAGAUCACGUGCCAUAUUCUUUCUGCCAUGGACAUGGUAAUUUCAUCCCUAAAAUUGGAUGCCAUUUUCCUUCUUAUGAGGUUUCUUUUGUUCUGUACCAGAUGGACUCAAUCUUUCUUCAGCACAACAACACACUGGACGUCCUAUUAAUCUCAUCAUACAGAGAUACGUAAAAGAUUAUGUUGAUGAAUAUAUUGGUGAGUGUAGUAUAACUUGAAGCAUUGAAAACUGGAUUAUUCGAUAAUGCAAUUCUAGAGUUUUCUUUAGCUCAGCCAUCAUGGGUUAUGAGCCAUUAUACCAUGCGCGCACAUGAAGCCGAGUUAAACGGGGAGUGUUUUUGUACAUUGUAACACAGUAAAGUUGGGAAGAUUUAUCUAUAUUUUGGGUUUUUUUUAAUAAAACAAUCAUUGCACUUGCGCUUGUUGGAAAUGAGAUGAUAACAGCCAACUCGGCCUUACGGGCCUCUUUGUCUUUCUAUCACAUCUUAUCUAACGCUCGCUCGUGGAAUAAUUGUUUAAUACCACAUGACUUGCAAGAAAACUUGUGUUAAGUUGUCGAAGUUUACGAAAGAAAUCACGUAUGUGUUUUUUUAACAUGUGAGUGAUGAAUGUGGUGGUACCCUUUAAAUCCUGAGGCAUGGAUAACAUUCUUUUUCUUAAAGGAGGAUCUAAUCUGUCCUUUUCACCAUCCCAACCGCAAUUGCUCGGCAACCGCACACUUCAAAGCGUUGUAAAAGAUUAUGUGGACGGCUAUUUAGGUGGGUGUGCUGUGGCAUGGGAUGAUCAUAAGACUGUCUGACUGUCUGUCAUGAACCUUUUGAAUUUUUUACAGCACAAUUAAAACAUUAUCUUAUUUUGACCUCAUUGUCUUUUUUCGGUCAUUUCAGCUGGACUCAAUAUUUCUGCUGUGGCACGACCUCGACCACCACCAUUUCAAAAUACCACAAUCCGAAAGCUAGUGGAAGGUUAUGUAGACGUGUAUGUAGGUUAGUAUUAGGUAGUAUGCAAUUUACUGUUUUGUGCUCUUUUCUCUUUGGAUAUGCUUCUUCGUCAGUAUUUUAUUUUAGACGGUCUUGAUCUUUCUUCGCUUCAUUCGCAAUUGCAGCCGCUUGAUCACCGUUCGAUUAAACCUAACUCCAAGAAGUGAUUGAUAUGUAACUUCUCGCUAUAAUAUCCGUACAAUAUCUGGGAUAUAGGUAACGAGAAUACUCAAACUUAUGAGGAGAAGUUAGCAGAAGUUAUCUUGAUCUACAUCAAAUUCCCAUUACUAAUUUACAAGGGAAUGUGUUGCAGCGAGAGGAGAGAAUUAACAAUCAUAUCUUGGGAGUUAAAAGGUUAAAGAAAUCAUAAUGCUCAAAAGGAUGAUUACAAAGGUAUUCUGCGUUUUCGAGUUCGUUUUUUUUCCUUUACUUAACGCAGAUGAAAUUUCCUUUUUUCUUUGAAAGAUGGACUUAAUUUAUCCUCCUCGCUGCAGCGGGCAAACGGCCUUGGUAAUCGCUCUAUCGAAAGCGUUGUUGAAGACUAUGUAAACCAGUUUAUAGGUAGGAGUGCCCCUAUUUAUGUCCACUUGUAUUUAGCAAUCUUUAACUGAGUUUCGAAAGUUACCGUAAGUAGGCAGCGAUUCCACUGGGUUUUCUUUAUCUUUCUCUUUGAUUGGUCCAUAGAACUCGUUCUGUCUUCUCAACCAUUCACUCAAAACUGAAAUCAAUUACGACUCAUCCAUCCACGUUUUCCCGCGCUUAUGUCAGGUUUUCUUUCGCAUUGCUUACUUGUGAUAUGGUAUAUAUGAUAUAACUUGUGAAUGGCUGUUGUAAUUGAUUUAGGUUUGGUUAACAAUUCUCAAUCAAAAGGUGCUCUGUUACUUUGACGGAGGUUUACUUUGCCAGAUAAUCUGCUGUCAUCUUUCAUUUCAGGUGGAUUAAAUCUCUCUUCACCACAACAGUUUUCGUUCCCUGAUAACCGAACCAUACAAAAGUUUGUCAAAGAUUAUGUGGAUGAAUACGUUGGUGAGUAUGUUCUCAUAAUGGUGGGUGAAGAUGUGUCUCUCCUGUAACCUUUAUAACAACGUUUUAACUUAAGAUUCUAAGAUGAAGGCGUCUUUCUUUUUAAAUCGAGGUGAACUCAAUUUAUCCUCAUCACAAUCCGCAAACCAAGCACCUGAUAACCAAACCAUUCGGAGCUUUGUAGAAGACUAUGUUGACCAAUAUGUCGGUGAGUAUUCUAUGUAAACUGGCCACAUAUUUAUCAUCGUCAUAGCCUGAGACGAGAGUGUCUUAUAGUCAUACAAUGUUUGAUUUGGGGAAAGAGUAUGUAGACAUUUGCUGGAACAAAUUUAAGAGAUUUACUGCACUUGUAACUUUGAUAAGAUGAAUAUCAAGAAAUUAUUACAGCUCGUCUUUUUUUUUUUGCGUUUAAGGCAGCCUCAAUUUAUCCUCAUCACAACCGCCUGAUAAUGAUGCGAUUCAGAAAUUUGUAGAGAAUUAUGUUGACGAGUAUGUCGGUGAGUUUAUUAGUGUUUAGUUACUGUGGUUAUCCGAGUGACUUUUCGUGUCGCGAUUCAGUCAUUUUCUAUGAUUUAAAACAGCUUUGAGCCGACUCCAUUCCAAAAGUUUUUCAGCUUCUAGAGUUGAGACAGAAACGCAAAAACACGAAAUUUUACUGGAAAUUAAGGAAGACUGAAUUUCCCCACUUUACAAUCCCAAUGCCUCUGGCUGCCGAACAACCGCACUCCGUGUACUCAUCAACUUCUUCUUUUCGUGAAGGGGUAGAAAAACAAACAAACAAACAACCCACAAUCACGGUACGCGACUUAUUUGUAGAAUUCUCAGUAUGGUAAUCUUGCUUUUCCUCUUUCAUUGAAGGCGGACUCAAUAUAUCCGCAUCACAACCUCGACCGAAGUUGCCUGAUAACCGCACGAUCCAAAAUUUAGUGAAUGAUUAUAUAAAAGAGAUUCUGGGUUAGUAUACUGUUGUUAUUCGUAUGCCUGUCGUUCUGCAUUCAUUUUCUUUCACGUUAUUUGAUGUUCACUUCACCUCUUACCCUUUUUAUUCCUAUUCAUUCAAGGCGGACGCAACCUUUCUGCGCUGAAACCUCAACCUCACGAUAACCGCACCAUCCAGAAUCUUGUUGAAUUAUAUCUCGCUGAAUAUCGUGGUUGGUAUACUGUGGUACUUUAAAUCCUAGCAUUAUUAUGCUUUGAAAGUUUGUGCGAGUUUCACGACCACUUUGUUCUCUGGCGUGGAUAUGAUUUUUUUUUUUUUAAUUUCAGGUGGGCGUAAUAUUAACGCGACGCAACCGCAAUCAACUCCUCCUUCUAACAGCACAAUUCAGAGCUUUGUACGGAAAUAUGUGAACGAAUACAUCGGUUAGUAAAGGACAUACUUAUUUCAUUUUAGCACUUCAUAAAUGCCUCUGUACUUCAAGGUCUGUGGUGUUCAAGUUUUCGCGGUUAUCAAGUGUGUCUCAACCCUGUAGAUCCUAAUAGUUAUGAAACAGUUAUCAAUUUAGUGUCAAAAAUAAUGUCUGGCCAUUAUAAUUGCAUUGGUUUUCGUUUUACGACACUCAAUCAAAAAGCACUCUAUCAGGGACUAAUGUUAUGUACGUCUUUUUUAGAUGAACGCAAUUUCUCCGCGUUUCAACCGCAACGUCUACCUCUUGAUAACAGCACAAUUCAGCCCUUUGUUGAGCACUAUGUACAGGAAUAUUUGGGUGAGUAAGCCACUUGACUUUCUGCAGUUCUCUCACCAUUCCCGUUCUUCCAAUUGUCUUUCUCGAACAGAGGAUUUUUUUCGUUGAAGGUGGGCGCAAUCUUUCCGCAUCACAACCGCAAUCAGAGCCGCUUGACAACAGCACGAUCCAGAAUAUUGUAAACGCCUUCGUGAAUCAACAUAUUGGUUAGUGCGCGGCUUAAAUGCUUGAAUAUCUAUGUCAACGUUUUUUUUUUUCCUCUCUUUAAGAUUAAGGUAUUACUUGCUAAAGAUUUUACAAUUCUACCACUCAGAUGGGCUCAAUCUUUCACCAGAAGCGCAGCCACCCCUAAACCGCACAAUCCAGAAUUUUCUAGAAGCGUAUUUAGAUAAGUAUACCGGUAGGUAUAAUGUAACAAAUCUCACUCGAGUGUAGUUUGCAUUUUAGCCUAUUUUCGCGAUAUGGCUGUGACAUCAGUUUAGGUGGUCAGUAACUAUUUUCUGUUGUCGUUUAACUUUACUUUACCUUACCUUGCCAUUACAAUCUCGACCGUCUGAUAACCGCACCAUACAGAGCUUUGUUAAGGCUUUCGUUGCUGAGAUCAUAGGUGGAAAGAAAGAGUCUGUGAUACUGUGUUAUGUGGGGCUUUUUUGCAUAGGAUAGUGUUGCUACUACGAAUAACAGUUGCUGUUAACUCGAUUUAAUCCCAAUCAUCAGUCUGUAGGUUGCAUUACAAACAUUAGUAUGUUGCAUAAUGUAUGUUGAGUUUUAUCAUGUUUUUAUCUCUCUAUACAGUCUCUGCUGCUUUUAUAGCUACAAAAGUUUAAGUAUAUCUGUCAUGGUGAUAUUUGCUUAUUUUGCAUGGGCAUUUUGGCAUCUAAUGCUUGUUUACGCAUGGAACAGUGCAGUAACAACUCUUGGGUCUUUUGUAUGUUGCAUGGUGUAUAUCUUAAAGCUGCAUGGUGUGUAUUUGCAUGUUGCACGGUGUGUAUUUGCAUGUUGUAAAUGUGCAUAUUGUUGCAUGAUUUCUACUCCACUUGUAAUUGCGUGUCUUGCAUAUUGCGAGAUGCAUGUGUUGCAUGUUUUCUUCAUGUUGGUCUCGCGCAUGUCUUUACAUGGUCCCUUUUGUGCAAAGGAUAGACUCUACUUUAGCUGCUCGUUCAUUCUGUUGUAUGUUACAUGAUUAAUUUGCAUGUUAUUUAUACAUAUUUAUCUGAUUAAAAUGUACCUAGCUGAUUUGAAGUUCGUAACUAAUUUUUAAUAUGGAAGGAUUUUUAUAUCCUACAAUUUCUUACUCUGUGUAUCAACGUUCGAUAACUGAAUGGUGUUUACUACUGCAUGUCAUCAUCUGUUAUUUUGUUUAAUGUAUAGUGAUAUAUCAUAAAUUGCUAUGCAUAUGCGCAUUUAAUUGUAGCCGUUAAUAUUUCCAUACAAGAAAGAACACGUAGUGCUGGAUGUGCUUUAUUGGUCAGUUUUUUUUUUUUUGCAUUGUAUCCAUCACUGCAUGUGCAUGAUGCACGUUUACUUGCAUGUAAAAUAAUAUUUAUCAAUUUAUGCAUGCAUGCUGCAUUUUCUUGUAUGUAACUUUCCCUAGAUGGGAGCGAAUUGAAUCAAAAAAUCAUCGAAGUGGUGAAUUCUCGUUUGAGAACCAUCACAGGUAAGUUUCUGGUUUAGAGAACAUUCGAACCGAAAUUGCAUGAUUUGAAAUCAAUUGUGAACAUUUCUAAUGCACUAAACAGGAAUGACAAUGUUUCUUUUUAUAGUGAUUCCUGUAAUCUAUUUAAUUCGUAGUCUGCUGGCAGCCGUGACGUUCCAAUGGACGGCUGCGAAAAUUAUGCGUAAUUCUAAAAAGUAUCGUAUUAUACGUGCUAUGUUUGUAGUGCCCUUAAAAAUGGUGUUGAAUCGUUAUAUGUGCAUGUCAUGUGUUUCGAAAGCUACAAUGGAAAAUGCGUGUGUGUAUCUAAAAGAGGAAUUUCAUUGUAGCUGAUCGUAAAAGCGAGGUUCGCAGCACCUUUAUUUACUUUAUCCUGGUACUCGUUUCAAGGCUGUUUGCAAUUAAUUUUUUAAAGAAACCGUGAUCAUAAAAACGUUUAGUUAUACAUGACAAACCGGACACUGUACGCUGUUGUGUUGGAUGUACUAUUUAUCUCAUAAGGAAGGAACGAUUCUUUAAAAGUCAUCUCGUAGCUACUCUCCAUCUCACGCUAUGUCACGCAAAUUGAUGCAAGACUAUUGCAAAUCAUGAACUGGUGCCACUCCAACCCACACUGUACCUAUGAACAUGUCAUGCUUAAUCUUCUAUGCCAUACCAUACCAUACAUGUCGUCAUUCAAUUCCAAUUCCAAUUCAAGAAACAUCUUACUAAUUCAUAUCAUACCAAGUCGUGAAUAGAAAUGCAAUGCCAUGCCUUACAUGAAAUGUCAUGCAAUGCUAUACCUGCUAUGCGCAAGCCAAGCAAAGAAACAUGCCAUGCAAUACUAUGCAGUGCGCAGCAAUGCUAUGACCGUCUCGAUGCCCACAUCGGUCAUUGCCAUAUCAGUUAAAACUUCCUCCUUACUCCUUGCGGGAGGGUCUCUAAACCAAGCCAAACCAAACUAAGGUAAGUCAGCCCAAGGUAAGCCAGACCAUACCAUGCAGUGUUAUGCUGUAGGCGUGCCGUCCACGUGCAGUGUAAUGCAGUAAGAAGCAUGCCGUCUAAAUGCAAGGUAAUGCAGUAAGCAUGCUGUCCACGUGCAGUGUUAUGUAGUAAGCAUGUUGUCUGACACGCCAAGCUAUGCAAAGUCAUGCUAUGCCAAGGUUCUACCUUGCUUCACUAUGCCAUGCUACACUCGACUACGCCAAGCUCUUACGUGAAUUGGAAAUUUUUAGACAAGGGCAAAAGGCUGCUAUAGAAUUAAGUGUUUCUCUUCCUUGUUCACAUAGCAAUGCUAUACUCUGUGACCAGAAAACUUUGCCAUUCAGUACGCACCGCACUGCCAUUGUAG